AUGACUUCCGACAAAAACCCGAACUUGACAGUCAAGGCACUACAGGAACGCCUUAGGCUUCUCGAAGACAAGCAAGAACUUCACGAACUUCUCGAUCAGUACUGCAAAACUCCGGAUAGACAUGACUUUCAAGGCCACGCAAACACUUAUGCCGAAGAUGGGCAACAGCAAUAUGGUCCUUGGGGAGCCGUUAAAGGCCGCGACAACAUCGCGCGAAUUAUCAAGAAGAACGAGAGCAACGUUGUCGAUCAAUUGCAUUACAUGACGAACAUGAGGUUCGAAAUCGAUGGCGAUACGGCUACUGGGACCUCAUACUUGAUUAUGGUCGUUAUCAGAGAUGCUGAGAAGCGAACAGAUACCUUGUGGCAAGGGGGGCCUUAUGAGUGGAAAUUUUUGAGAACGGAAGAGGGUUGGCGUAUUAAGACGAUGAAGCUGCAAGCGACGUGGAUGAAUCGGGAAGAUCCUUUGGGCGUCUUUAGCACGGCAAUGAAGGUGUGA